AAAAACUAUAAAUAAACUGCUACACUAAAGAAACAGAUGUGGAAUAUGGGUCCUUAUUGAAAAUUUACAUUCAUUUUCGACUGUGCAUUUAAAAAUAUGAGAAAUGUAUCAAAACUUCAACCACAGUAUUUUCAACAACCUUAUUAAAGUAGAAGAUAAUGAUAUUGAUAUGGAACCGGUGCAAUUUUACGGUUGUAACGAUAAUUAUAGCAGUGAUACAAGAGUAAGCAACAAUGAGGCUGAAAUGGAGAAAAAAAUUGAGGAGGUCAAAAAGAAAAAACCAGCAUCACAGACUUGCAAAAUAUGCAAUAAAGUGCUUUCAUCGCCUGCAAGCUAUUAUGUACACUUAAAACAACACUCUGACAACAAACCUUACGAAUGUCUAUUCUGCGAUGCCACAUUUUGCAGAAGGGCCUACUUGGAUGUGCACACCCGUACUCACACUGGUGAACGCCCCUUUGAGUGCAGUGUAUGCAAAAAACGUUUCACGCAAAAAUCCAGCCUAAAUACCCACAAAAGAGUUCAUACAGGUGAAAAACCUUACAGUUGCAAAAUAUGCAACAAGAACUUUGCUGCUAAAAGCUACUUACAGGCACACCAAUGGUCGCACAUGAAAUAUAUAGGCAUGACUUGCCCUGAUUGCAAUCAAAUAUUCAAAAACAAAAAUCUUUACUUACAACAUGUCAAAACUCAUAGAAUUGAUAAGUCUUUGCCGUGCAAUUACUGUCAAAAAGUCUUCACAAAAAACUCCUAUCUUAUAAGACAUGUAAAUAAGUUUCACAAAUCCACUGCACAAAACAAUGUAAUUAAGAACUCCUUGGAGAAUAAUGGAAGGAUGUUUUAAUUUGUUAUUUAAGUGCUCCAUAUAAUACUGCCUUUGAACAGAAACACUAAACCAUAGUUUUUUAGUCUAGUCUUAGAAUAUUUAUUUUUUUACUAACAUUUUAUUAAUAAUAAUUAUUAAUAUUUAAGUUUGUAGACUGAAUUAAUCCCCUCAAGCCCUUUCUGUGCCAUGUUAUGUAGUUAUUUAAAUUUGU